CCACAGCCACAGCAUGCCAGAUCCUUAACCCACUGAGCAAGGCCAGGGAUGGAACCCGAGUCCUCAUAGGUCCUCGUUGGGUUCGUUAACCACUGAGCCACGAUAGGAGCGCCCCAACCUCUUUUCCAAGGCAUUUCUUAUUAUCAGACAAACCCUACCUGGAAAGCCAGGAAUCUAGACCUUUAAAAGAGUCUUAUUUAAGGCCAACAUUUUCAUCCAUAUUCACAAUGUCUGAACGAUGAAAAUAAAAUACUGAUUUCGAAGAUCAUUAAUAAUUAUUAGAUACCAAUAGACACCUUUUUCUAAAGAAGAAAGGAAAAGAAGGAUGGAUUCAUUCCUGGUCAAGCUCAAUGCCGGAGGAAGAGGUCAAAAGGCCUUAAUGAACCUAAUACACUCACACCUGCUUAAUAAGGGAUGCUGUUAGAACUGUAAGGAGAGUUCCUUUUGAAGAUAUACGGUGAAGCUCUGAAUCCCAUGACAAGUAGUAGUUGUGACGGGUCAUAACUUAGUAACCACCUAAACGCACAUUUUUAUGAGUCAAGUAACUCUUCCCAGGCAAGUAAAAAGCAGACUAAUGAGAUGUUUCUAUGGGAUUUGAUAUAACAUUAGAAAGGAAAACAUCUUACCUGCUGUGACACCACCUAGAGCAAAGGCUAUAUAAGCACUUCAAAGAGGAAAAAGCCAAGAGGCUUGGAAUUUAAACUCCGUCCCAGUUGCUUGAGCUUUGUAUCCUGGAGACCAAGACGUUGACCUAAACCGAGGCGGGCACACACACUAUGGAUACCAAAGGCUGUACAACAACUAUGUCUUCUUCAGCGCCACGUCGAAGCUGUUCUAGGAUCACAGACGUAAGGACCAUUGUUUCUCAUACCAGCUGCCGGCAUGGUGGUCUGGAAGCCAACAGCUGUCAACCAAUGGGUCACGGUCUGAGAAAUCACCUGUCUCAGCGCUGCCAACCCACUCCUUGCUUUGGGCUCCCGCCCCUCUGCUUAAUAAACAACUGCAGUGCCUGUCCCUCUCUGGAUGAUUGCCACUGGUGUGAGGAAGGCAUCCACUGUAAGGAGAAAGAGACCAUGCAGUUCUUGAAUGACCGCCUUGCUAACUACCUGGAAAAGGUACGAAUGCUGGAACGAGAGAACGCCGCCCUGGAGUGUAAAAUCCAGGAAGAGUGUGACAAAGAGCUCCCGGUCAUGUGUCCUGACUACCAGUCCUGCUACGCUAUCAUUGAGGAGCUCCAGCAGAAGAUCUUGUGUACCAAGGCUGAGAAUUCCAGACUGGUCUCACAAAUUGACAACACCAAACUGGCUGCUGAUGACUUGAGAGCCAAGUACGAAGCUGAGGUGUCCCUACGCCAGCUAGUGGAGGCAGAUGCCAAUGGCCUCCGGCAGAUUCUGAACGCACUGACCCUGGGCGAGGCUGACCUGGAAGCACAAGUCCGGUCUCUGAAGGAGGAGCUCCUUUGCCAAAACAACCAUGAAGAGGAAAUCAGCUCCUUACAGAGCCAGCUUGGGGAGAGACUCAGCAUUGAAGUGACGGCCCCUUCUAUUGACCUAAACCGGGUUCUACAAGAAAUGAGAUGUCAGUAUGAGUCCGUCGUGGAGACAAACCGCAGAGAUGUGGAACAGUGGUUCUGCACACAGAUGGAGGACCUGAACCAGCAGGUGGCGACCAGCACUCAGCAGCAGCAGUGCUGCCAGAGGGAGAUCAUUGAACUGAGAAGCACCGUGAACGCUCUAGAGAAUGAACUGCAGGCCCUGCACCGAAUGAGGGAUUCCCAGGAAUGGGCCCUGGCGGAGACGGAGGCCCGCUACGCAGCCUUGCUGGCCCAGAUCCAGCGUUUGAUCGAUAACCUAGAGGCUCAGCUGGCAGAGAUCCGGGGGGCCCUGGAAAGACAGAACCAAGAAUACGAGAUUCUGCUGGACAUCCGGUCCCGUCUGGAGUGUGAGAUUACCACGUACCGCAGCCUUCUGGAGCGCUCAGAUGGCAAGCUCCCCUGUCAUCCAUGUGCCACCAAAUAUCAACCUUCCACUUGCACAUCCAGUAAGACCAGAGCCGUGGAACACACAGCCCGGCCUCACACACCUCCCUCAGACCCCUGUGGGAUACCCGAGGCCCGAGCUGCCUGCAGAGACCUGUCCCGAAUUCUCAUCAAAAUCUGCACCACCACCAAGGAGAUUAAGGAUGGGAAAGUCAUUUCUUCUCACGAGCACGUGCAGCCUUGCUUCAUCACCCGGACUGCCAAAGCCUAACCUCGAAAG